UCUGCGGCCUGUGCCAGGCAAGUGAGGCGCCAAACCUCGGAGGCCUCUGGCCCGGAUCCGAUUAUCGUCCGGAGCCCUCUGAGGGCCGGCGAAGGGUGCAACAUUCCACUGUUCACUUGGUCAGAUGAUUGAGCAAAAGUGAUGACAGUCCUCCUCCCCAGGAUUCACAAGCGCUGGGAGCAACUCCUUGCAAUCCAACUGUGAUUAUAGGAUUCUUCUGUGAUUUAUCCAAGGCCCUUCCAUGCAGACUUUAUUUACGGUCUGCGUUAUGUCUGGGGUCAGCCGCCAGCUUGCUCUUUUCCUCUGCGGCUGCUACGUGGUUGCCCUGGGAGUCCACGCCAAGGAGCCACGCGUGGCCAGUCACCACGAGGCUGAACACUACAUGGCCGCCGUGUAUGAACACCGAUCCAUCUUGACCCCCGACCCCCUGGCUCUCAUGAACCGCAAGCAGGCCUUGGAGCUGAUGAACCAGAACCUCGACAUCUAUGAGCAGCAAGUGAUGAUCGCAGCCCAAAAGGUCCUCCAGCGCCUGAGUUGUAUGGCCAUCAAGGGAAACAUGUUCCUGGUGGCCAAUCUCGGGACGAAGCAGCCUUGUCAUCACAAUGACCCAGGGUGCCCAAAUGAUGGAAGAUACCAGUUUAACACGAAUGUCGUGUUCAGCAAUAAUGGAACCCUUGUUGACCGCUACCGCAAACACAACCUCUACUUUGAGGCAGCUUUCGAUGCCCCUCUCGAAGUGGAUCUCAUCAUCUUUGAUACCCCCUUUGCUGGCAAAUUUGGCAUCUUCACCUGCUUUGAUAUAUUGUUCUUUGAGCCUGCCAUUAGGCUCCUCCAAGACCCUGAGGUGAAGCACGUCGUGUACCCAACUGCCUGGAUGAACCAGCUCCCGCUCUUGGCGGCCAUUCAGAUUCAGAGAGCUUUUUCCAUUGCGUUCGGCAUCAACUUUCUAGCUGCUAACAUCCACCACCCAACUCUGGGGAUGACUGGAAGUGGUAUACACAGCCCUCGGAAAUCCUUUUGGCAUCAUGACAUGGAAGACUCCAGAGGUCAUCUUAUAAUAGCACAAGUAGCCAAAAAUCCGCUGGGUCUCAUUGGUACGGAGAAUGCCACGGGUAAAAUGGACCCGUCCCACAGUAAGUUUUUAGAACUCUUGGCAGGUGACCCAUACUGUGAAAAGGAUGCUCAGGAAGUCCACUGUGACAGAGCUACCAAAUGGAACAUAAACGCUCCUCCCACAUUUCACUCGGAGAUGAUGUAUGACAAUUUCACCCUGGUCCCUGUGUGGGGAAAGGAAGGCUACCUCCGUGUCUGUGCAAAUGGCCUCUGCUGUCAUUUACUUUACCAGAGGCCCGCUUUGUCCAAAGAAUUGUAUGCCCUGGGGGUCUUCGAUGGUCUCCACACUGUGCAUGGCACUUACUACGUUCAAGCCUGCGCCCUGGUCAAGUGUGGGGGUCUUGGCUUUGACACUUGUGGGCAGGAGAUCACAGAGGCCACGGGGAGAUUUGCGUUUCACCUGUGGGGGAACUUCAGUACUUCCUAUAUCUUUCCUCUGCUUCUUACCUCAGGGAUGACCCUGGAAACCCCUGAUCAGUUUGGCUGGGAGAGUGACUACUCUUUCCUGAGGAAGAGGGGACUGUCCUCUGGCCUGGUGACAGCAGCUCUGUACGGGCGGCUGUAUGAGAGGGACUAGGGCCGUGUGGGGUGGGUGGCUCUGCCCUUUCCCAGGCUGCUGCUCAGGAGCCCUGGGACCGCCUCUCCGCCCCAGACUACCAUCGUGGCAGCUGUGGGACAAAGUAGGAGAGGCUGAUUCCCCCAGUGGCUUUUCCUCUUCCACGUGAAUUAUCGAGUCUUUUCUGGCAGUCUCUGCUCACAUUUAUUGUUUCUAAGUCACAUCUUCCUCCAGCCAAUCUCUCAUUUCACAGUUGGUUUUUAGAGCUAAAACAACAAUAAAUGUCAGUUGAUAUUUUACACACCCACAAAGCGGUGGGUUUUGUGUGUGUUUUCCCCGUUCUUGUUCAUCAAGUGACACCCAGGACACACAAGUAUCUCACGUAUCUCAAACACUGGCAAAGGUGAGAAACAAACUCCCAAAGCAAAAGCUGUAUUAGAAAUGGCUGCGUGGGCCCGUUUCCAUUCUGGAUGAACAGAAUUCUGUCCAGAGGAAACAGUAAUGCCAGAGCUUUCAGCAACAUCAGAAAGGUGCAUCUUGAAGCAGCUCUUAAAAAUAGAAGGGAAGUUUUCCUUCCAUCUUUCUGUUAGUAAAUGGAAUGUGUCAGGCAGGACUUAUAAUAACUGGAAAGAAAGAGCACAGUGCCCCAGAGAGAACGAGCGAGCGAGAGGGAGGAGGCUGGAAAGAAGUGCUGAAGAGAGGGGCAGCAGUGGGAAAGGAUGAGUAAGAGGAUUCUUUCUGCACAACGUGUCUCAUCCAGGAUUCCAGAGACCUUAAUAAAUCAUGCUAACUCUGGGUGAGAGCCUGCCAGUUGCCCAACUGUGCAGGACGGAGUGACGUGGGUGUGAGUCCAUUUGCGGUCCCCGGAGGGCCUGCCCUUUGAUGGUGGCAUCCCACCUCCUGAAGAAGAGUUACAUGAACUGCCAUGGAGGUUGGCCCACGGUCGUCAUUCAUUCAUUCAGUCACACAACAGGUGUUUUUGGAGAGCCCACCAGGUACGGACUGAGGUCCUGCCAAGUAUGACUUCCAGAAGCAAAACUAUUAUAAUCAGUGAGGGAAGAUAAUUUUAGGUCACUAAUUUUUUUUUCUUUUCGACUUGAUUUUUUUU